UGUGGUCUACCCGGUCGGGGGCGAUUAGCUGUGGUGCUCGUUUGUUGUACUCGUGUCCGCAGAUCAUAAAUUGCCCGUCGACUGUAACCCAACGCCCUUGCAAUGUCAGCUACUGACGUUCCCGCGUGCAACAUGCCGACGGCACGUUCACGUUGCACAUUUGUGAGGCGUGGUAUCGAAGCGGGUGAGAAAUCGUCAGCGGCUUCUGGGAAACGUCAGAGAAAUCGUUCUAGAUGGUGGUUCUUCUAAGACUCGGUAUUUAAAAUCUGGACACCACUGGCUGUUGUUUACUUUUAAUGAGUACACUAAUGGACUUGAAAAUCUCACCAGUUGUCGCCCUUGUGAGUGAACAUUGUUAUCAAGAUACAGUGAGUACAGUUUAGAGAUCUGAAAUAAACCAAAAACAAACGAAGUGAACAAAGUGGACACAGUGCUGGAUUACAACGGAAAACUUCAAGUAUUCGUCUUCGAGGACGACCAGUAUUUUCUAUGGUUAUAACCCACUACGCCAUAGUUAGCGAGUACAGUAUGCGAAUGGAAGAUACUGUUAUAUUGUUGAAAGAAUUUAAAUAUCUACGAGUUUAAUUGAAGAGUGAAAGAAUCUAGCAAGCGAUCGCGAGUAGACUCUGGGAUUGCAUCUCAGACGUUAAUAUGAACUACCAAGAAGUGAUUCAUAAUAAAUACGUGAUUACAUCUCGUUUAUUUGAGGACCGCCGCUUUGUUUACAUAGGUUGUUUAGCAGUAUAACAUUACACUGAUCACUGAAAGCUAAAAUACUCAACAACUACUGAUUUGAGCAUCGCACGUUCUGGUUCAGCUCAUUUGUUAAUACGUCUGGCACGACUGUUACGUAAUUUAAAAACAAUCCACACGCUGAUAACAGUACAGGAUCAAAGUAAUAAAGGACAUUCUGAAAAACGUAAUAAGCCAUAGUUUUCGGUAAAACCCCCCACAACAAAACAAAAACAAAACCCCACCAAAAACUCCCUAAACAAACAACCAACCAGCUCAGAUAACAACCUCAAAACACCAGGUUAUAUUGUCCAUUAUCAUCUAUGAGUUGGUAGGAUUGAACAAUAAAGACCAUACCAAGCCAUAGUUUCGAGGAUACCUACUAACUGAGCUUGAUAAAGACGUGGAACAUUCUUCCAAAUCGCAAAGUUAAUUCCCAACUAUAGUUCUGAGUUUAUUUGCUAACCGACCUCAGUAAAAACAAUUAUUACCUUUUUUCGAAGCCAAAAGUGUGGGGAAAAUGUCUGGUAUAAUCUAUGAGAACCAGUUGCGCUUGCAACUGAUAAAACGCUGGCUUGAAGCGAAUAACAAGACAGAGGUUUUUACUGAACUCAACAUCAGACCCUCUAUUCAGUGCUUGCUGCCUCUUUUCGUGUGUCUGUUUUCGCUCGUUGCCGUUAUUGGAAUCGUUGGCAACAUUUCCAUCAUUGUCGUGAUUGUUCGUCAAAAGCUGUACGACGACAAUACGUUCUUCCUAGUGGGAAACCUCGCCCUCUGCGAACUGAUCAGAUGCGUCAUCGUUCUCCCCGCUAGUGCCAUACAGCUCUUCCUCCACAACUGGCACUUCGGUCCGGCAAUGUGUUCACUUUUACCCAUCAUACAAUGGUGCCCUAUUUUUGUGACUUGUUUAACGUUUCUUGCUUUAAGCAUUGUCCGGAUGUGGGUGUUUGUGCGGAUACGCCUCCCUCUACCACUUUGGGUGAUGUGUCUGUGUUCACUGUUAACAUGGGGCUCUGCGAUUUGCGUGACCACACCUUUUAUUGUGUACAUGACGACACUCGACAUCUCUGAUUACCUUGGACCGAGGUUCAGUGGGUUGGGAAUAUGUACGUUGAAACAGAACAGCCAAACAAAGAUGGCGCACCUGAUCCCUGCGAUGUAUGUCCUGAUGUUUCUGUUACCCAUGAUCAUCACGUGUGUUAUGUUCUUUAUUAUUCUCUUCAAAGCAGACGUCCACAAGUCGAAGCCAAGAGCUGUAAAUAACCUACCAUUAAAUAUUACGUUCGGCGAAGAGACAGCAGAAGACCAGCGCUUGAGAGAAGUUAGAGAGUCCAACACGAGGGUUACCGGGGUCGAAUCCAGUUCUCUGGCUCGUCAGCGCAUGUCUGCACCAACAGGAAGUCAGCUGGAGCUGACCAACGAGCAACGAACAAACAAAUAUCUAGUGAUCAUGACAAUACUGUUUGCCGUCUUGUGGCUGCCAUUUUUAACGUUCUUUACAACCACGUGGUCUGCUGAUGGGCCAUAUCCGAUAGAGAGGGAAGAUUACAAAGACGUUCUUAACGUCGUCUUUCUGGUCUUAGGCUUUCUCUCUUCCGUGUUUGUUCCAGUGGUGUUCUCUUUGUGGCAAAUGUCGACUGAACGAAAACAAAAAAUAAAAUCAGUCUUCCGAUUUCCGAAAUGGCGAAAGAACAGAGCAGGACAAUGAAUUCAGACUUUCGAUUUUGAUAUAAUUAUGUUAAUAAACCAGCAGAUGUAGAUGUUGGUUGUUUACCAUUUUGAAUUACAAAUGUUAAAUAGUUACUUCAUGACCUUUUAGUAUGUCUACAUUGUUAAUAAAACAUGGCUUGUAA